AUGUGUGAUUCAAGCCUUUCAGCCCCUUGCAAAACUUUGACCCUUUGGAGGCAGGGCUGGGGGAGGGCAGCCUCCAGCUUUGGUUCUAGGCAGCUUAGUCUACUCUGGACUGCCUGACCCGCCUGGAUUAGGUCUUGCUUGAGGCUGCUGGGAGUGCUUGCACGCUCUGAAUCCCAGCCUGCCCUGGGGCUUCCCGCCCCCUUUUCUGAUCCCUUGCGCCUUGGGAAGACCUGUUCUGGCAGGGGCUUGGACUACAUCUCCCGGCGUGCCUGGCAGAGUGGUGGCCUCUCUACGCCCUCUGCACUAGUUGCCAGCGGACGAUGCAGCGGGCUAUGAGCAUGGUGGCCCCUUUGGGCUUUCGCCUGCAGGCGCUUCCCUCGGCCCCAGGUCGCCCUCUCAGUUGCUCACAGGAUGUGCUCCGCAGAACUCCGCUCCAUGACUUCCACCUGGCCCAUGGCGGGAAAAUGGUGGCAUUUGCGGGUUGGAGUCUGCCUAUACAGUACCAGGAAAGUCACAUUGAAUCGCACCUUCAUACACGGCGACAUUGCUCGCUCUUUGAUGUCUCUCACAUGCUGCAGACCAAGAUAUUUGGUUGUGACCGGGUGAAGCUGAUGGAGAGUUUAGUGGUUGGAGACAUUGCAGAGCUAAGGCCAAAUAAGGGGACACUGUCGCUGUUUACCAACGAGGCUGGAGGCAUCUUAGAUGACUUGAUUGUGACCAAUACUUCUGAAGGACACCUGUAUGUGCGUCGCCGAGCUGCUAUGGAUUUCCCAGGAGCUAAGGUUAUUGUUCCCCAGCUGAAAGGUGAGGUGCAGCGGAAGCGUGUGGGAUUGAUGUGUGAGGGGGCUCCAAUGCGGGCACACAACCCCAUCCUGAGCACAGAAGGCAUCAUGAUUGGUACUGUGACCAGUGGCUGCCCCUCACCCUGCUUGAAGAAGAAUGUGGCAAUGGGUUAUGUGCCUUUCAAGUACAGUCAGCCAGGAACACAGCUGCUUGUAGAGGUGCGGCGGAAGCAGCAGAUGGCUGUGGUCAGCAAGAUGCCCUUUGUACCCACGAACUACUACACUCUGAAAUGAAAAAGGCCCAGGGAAAGGUGCUCCUCUCUGGGAGUCUACCUCUAGGGGGCAUUCAUUAGGGCUCAGUCAGGAUAAUGAAGAAGAACUCACCAGGAGUGGGCAGCUAAUUAGAAUUUGGCUCUAGUCUGUUUGAGGAGGCCACUGAGACUACCCCUAAACCCCAAUACAUGCCACUGAUUUCAGCUCACCCUAUGUCCUAUUUCAGUUCAUAACCCCAGUAACUCCACUCUGCCAUAAGUGCUGGCUAUAAAGCAAAAGCUCAACUUUGUAGGGAGAAUACCUGCCCAAUCUACCUCACCAGUUUCUCACAUUUCAGAGGGCUAUUACUAUGGACAGUGUGAGCUUAGCAUAUCUCCUUCACUUUGCUUUCCAUGAAUGCAAACUGCUGCCUCUCCCUGUACAGGAAUGAUUCUUGAGUCAUAGAACAUUGGCUUAGUUAUUCCUAUGUGUAAACCUGGGGGUGGGUGAGUAGACAUGGACUCACUCUUCCACAUUCCCUAUUUGGCUUGGCCCGCUGCCCAGUAGCAAACCAUGGCAAAUUUACCACCUGAAGUGACCUUCACCCCUGGGACCCAUAACUAGACUUUACCGAUUCCUGAAAAAAAUUAAAUGAGCUUAUUCCUUCCAACUUGC